AUGGCUUUGAGAUCAGUGCCAUCGCCAUUCACAACUUGCUCCUCGAGAAGCCACUUCGAAAGUCUGGUCUUCUCGAUUACAAAAUCAAGGUCUCUCACGAAAUUCCUGCAUCGGGCGAGGGACAAGCCCCUUCCGGUGUUCUCCGGCGUGGGAACGAGAGCACGAGGGAGUACGAUGAAGGCGUGCGUGAAAUUGGAGGAGAAAAACGAAGCUGGAACCGGCGGCGAGUGGGGGAACGUCUCGGCGGUGUUGUUCGAUAUGGAUGGCGUGCUGUGUAACAGCGAGGAGCCGUCGAGGUUGGCGGCGGUCGACCUCUUUGCGGAGAUGGGAGUAGAGGUCACGGUUCAAGAUUUUGUGCCUUUCACGGGCACAGGUGAAGCCAAUUUUUUAGGAGGUGUGGCUUCUGUGAAAGGUGUAAAGGGAUUUAAUACAGAGGCGGCAAAGAAGAGAUUUUUCGAGAUAUAUCUGGAUAAGUAUGCACGGCCAGGUUCUGGCAUAGGUUUCCCUGGUGCAUAUGAACUUAUUGUACAGUGUAAAAACAAAGGUCUCAAAGUUGCUGUUGUAUCUAGUGCUGACCGUAUCAAGGUUGACGCAAAUUUAGCUGCUGCUGGUUUGCAGUUGUCAAUGUUCGAUGCUAUUGUGUCUGCGGAUGCAUUUGAAAACUUAAAACCCGCUCCUGACAUAUUCUUAGCUGCAUCAAGAAUCUUGGAUGUGCCACCAAGUGAGUGCAUUGUGAUUGAAGAUGCAUUAGCUGGAGUGCAAGCUGCCAAAUCAGCUAGUAUGAGAUGCAUAGCUGUGACAACUUCAUUAGGAGAAGAUGCUCUAAAGGCAGCUGGUCCAUCACUAAUCAGAAAGAAUAUAGCGGAUAUUUCUCUUGAUGAUAUUCUCAAUGGUGGCACUGGUUACCAUCAUCCAGAGAAGCAGGGUUCUGAAUCUAUUAGUGGUUCUACACCCAGCCUGGGCAAUUCACACAUUAAGGAAACUACUAUAACGGCUCAGGAUGAAGGUUCUGGGGGAGAUGGAAUCUUCUCAGUUGGAGGGUUUCAGGGUUCUCGAAGAGAUAUCCUGAGAUAUGGAAGUUUAGGAAUUGCUGUUUCUUGCCUUCUUUUCACGAUUACAAAUUGGAAGGCCAUGCAAUAUGCAUCUCCAAAAGCUAUUUGGAAUUUGAUUUUUGGAGCUAGUAAUGCCCCUUUUGGAUCAAAUAAAGAAUCUCAAAAUGCUAGGAUCCAACAGUUUGUGAAUUAUUUCUCUGAUUUGGAUAGAAGGGGCACCGCGACAACUGUGCCAGAGUUUCCGUCUAAACUCGACUGGCUGAACACGGCUCCUCUUAAGCUGCGGAGGGAUUUGAAAGGAAAAGUGGUUCUUCUUGAUUUCUGGACCUACUGCUGUAUAAAUUGUAUGCACGUCUUACCAGAUCUAGAGUUCCUUGAGAAAAAGUACAAAGAUAUGCCAUUUGUUGUUGUAGGAGUGCAUUCUGCAAAAUUUGACAAUGAGAAAGAUUUGGACGCCAUCCGAAAUGCAGUUUUGCGCUAUGGAAUCACUCACCCUGUUGUCAAUGACGGUGAUAUGCAUUUAUGGAGAGAGUUGGGUAUAAGUUCAUGGCCUACAUUUGCUCUUGUUGGACCAAAUGGCAAGCUUAUAGCACAAGUUUCAGGUGAAGGACACCGAAAGGAUCUUGAUGAUUUGGUCGAGGCAGCAAUAACAUAUUAUGGUGGGAAAAGUUUAUUGGACAAAACUCCUAUUCCCUUGAAUUUGGAGAAAGACAAUGAUCCUAGAUUAUUGAUAUCCCCUCUAAAGUUUCCUGGUAAGCUGGAGGUUGAUGUCCUCAACAGCCGACUGUUUAUAUCUGACAGCAACCACAACCGCAUAGUAGUCACUGACCUUGAUGGUAACUUCAAAAUGCAAAUCGGAAGCAGUGGGGAAGAAGGUCUUCGUGAUGGUAAUUUUGAUGAUGCCUUGUUCAAUCGCCCGCAGGGACUUGCUUACGACGCUAAGAGAAAUCUUCUAUAUGUAGCUGAUACUGAAAAUCAUUCUCUGAGAGUGGUUGAUUUUGUUGAUGAGACUGUGAAAACACUUGCUGGAAAUGGAACUAAAGGAUCUGAUUACCAAGGAGGAGGAUCAGGAACAACUCAGCUUCUAAAUUCCCCUUGGGAUGUCUGCUUCGAUUCUGUAAAUGAAAUAGUUUACAUUGCAAUGGCUGGCCAGCAUCAGAUAUGGAAACACAAUGUACAAGAUGGAACGACUAGUGCUUUCAGUGGUGAUGGCUAUGAAAGGAAUUUGAAUGGCGCAAGUUCUGGAAACACUUCAUUUGCCCAACCUUCCGGAAUUUCAUUGUCACCUGAUUUAAAGGAAGCAUUCAUUGCUGAUAGCGAGAGUAGCUCAAUUCGAGCCCUUGAUCUAAAAACCGGAGGAUCAAGACUACUGGCAGGUGGUGAUCCAGUCUUCUCUGACAAUUUAUUUAAGUUUGGAGACCAUGAUGGAGUACGUUCUGAAGUACUUUUGCAACACCCUUUAGGUGUCUUUUGUGGAAGCAAUGGGACUGGAAAGGCUGGAUUCAAGGAUGGAUCAGCACUUGAAGCUCAGCUUUCGGAGCCUUCUGGACUAGUUGAAGCUGGAAAUGGAAGGUUACUCAUAGCUGAUACAAAUAACAGCAUAUUACGGGUUUUGGACUUGAAUGAAAAAGAACCAGUGCUUGUUACACUGGAUUUGAAGGGUGUCCAACCUCCAACAUCAAAAUCAAAAUCAUUGAGACGCCUUAGAAGGCGAACUUCAGCUGGCACACAGACAAUAAGCAUUGAUGGUGGUUUAUCUAGUGAGGGAAGACUACUGUUCGUCUGGACACCUGUCAGUUCGGAUUCAGACUUUUCAUUUUGA